AUGGAGAUUAAAGAUGUUGAGGAUAACGUUAAACUACUUGAGAGUAUAAAUGAUUUAGAUCUAAGUGGUGAUUUCUUAGACCCACCUUUUCUAGGUAGACAAGUUAAUUAUCAACCUUUAUCUAAUACAGAUUCUAAGAUUAAAACAUAUCCACUGAAUUUGUUAUCUGAUCCCAAACAAAGCAGGAUACAAGAAUCACUGGUUGUGCAUGAUUUAUUAAAUAUUAUACUGGGUUUAGAAGGUGCAUAUAUUCGUUAUAAUAAUGCCUACAGUCCAUAUUCUGAUAAUACAAUUCCAGAAUUUAAAAUUGCAAAAAUGAUGGAUUCUUCAUUGAAGUCAAUAUGUCAUAGAAUCAUUAAAUUAGGUCAAUUAUACAUCAUACUUACCAAACUUAGUGAAAAAUGGUCUGACUUAAAAUAUGGGAAAACAUUACAAAGGUUAAGUUUUGAGAUAAGACAUUUUUUACAUGAAACAUAUUUAAAAUUCGUAGUAGACACAUUAGAAAAUGAAUAUAAAAAUAAUCCAACGUUUACAAUUAGAGAUUUCGAACAGUUGACAAAUGCUCAUGAUAUUUCCAAAAAAAUGAGAUUGUUGUAUGAUAUUUGUUCGAAAAUACAAAAAGAAAUGGAAGAAAGACAAGCAAUGGAUCAUAUGCAAGAAGACUUUAAUAAUUUUAUGAAUGAUCUUAAGGAACAAAGUCAAUUCAAAAACGGUAUGAUUUUAGUGACUGAUACUUCAUUACAAAGCAUAGCAAAAGGUGGAAUAAUAUUGAAGAUUUUGAAAAAUCUAAUACAGGAAAACUUAGGCGAUAGAGUUAGUAUUGAAUUCUUGAAAACUAUUUUAAAUAGCGUCGCAAUUGAUUAUUAUAAAAUGUUAAACAGUUGGUUAAUACAAGGGGAAUUAGAGGACCCAUAUGAAGAGUUUAUGAUAAUGGAUACAAUGAAAAAUGAAGAUACUAUUAGUUCAACGCUGAAGUUUGGCGAUAGAGUAUGGGAUACCCAGUAUAUUAUACGUAAAGAUGGGCUUUUGGAUGAAUUCAGUUUAAGCGAUGGUUCAGAUAGAUUAUUCAAAGUUCUAAUGACUGGUAAGCUUCUGAAUGUAGUCAAGAUGAGUUAUAAUAUAGUACAAUUGCCAAUAGAUGAAACCGAGCCAAUAGAGACGCCAACAUUUGUUGAUCUAAUGGAAAGUACAAAUCUAGAUAUUUAUAUUGAUAAGUGGUACAAAAGAGCAAAUAAGAUGUGCUUGGACAUGUAUUUAGAAAACUAUGAUCUAAUACACUUCAUUAGGCUUUUACAAAAACAUUAUUUUGGUUAUCAAAACGGUAACCAUUUGCAUAAAUUCUUAUCAAAGAACAUGUUUGAUUUGACCCGAUAUUAUUCUUCUAAAAACCAUGAACAUUUAGAACUUAGGUUCCAAGGGAAUUUAGAAGCGGAGAAACUAAGUAGACAGGAUGAAGAUGACAUUGUGCUGAAGUUAUUGAAUUUACAAUUAGAUACGCAGUCAUUUGAAAAAGUUGUUUCACAAUAUAUUAACGAAUCUAAUUUUGUAAAUAGUUCUGAAAGUGCAUUUGGAAAUAACAAUAUGAAAAAAGAUAGUAUAUUUGAAGCAAGUAACUUCCAAACUUUGAGAGAAAUGUUAGUAGAGGAUGUUGAGAGUGAUAAAUUGACUGAGAAAUCUAUCAAGAGUACCAUUCACUACAUUCAACAUGAAGUAAUUAUACCGUUCCCAUUAAAUGUGAUAGUUACGAGAACCAGCAUGGUACAGUUUCAAAUAAUCUCAAGAUAUACAUAUCUUUUACAAUAUUAUAGUAAAUUAUUGGAUGACACAUGGUAUGAAAUUAACAAAAAUUUAAUUUGGAGAUACAAUGGAUUUUCAAUGGAAAUCAAACGAAAUAUAAUACAAAAAUGUAGGAUUACACAUAACAAGAUGAAUAAAUUUGUUAAAGUGAUCCUUGAAUAUUACAGUCAAAAUGUAAUUGAAGCAGAAAUGACAAAUUUUAUUAACUUUAGUAAUUUAAAUGGUACGAAUAUAAUUGAUUGGCAAUUAAAUCUUCAAGAAUGUUUAACAAAUAUUAUGACCAAUUGUUGUCUAUCACAAAUGUUUCAAAUGCAAUUACAAAUUUUUGAAAUAAUUUACAAAUUCUGUAAGUUUAUUACAUCAAUGAGAAGAACAUUAUGUAAAAUUGAUCCAAUUUUAUUUGAUCGAUACUUAUCACAUAAAAAUGAAUCAGACUACAAUGAUAUUAAAGAACAUGAUGAAACAAAAUCUUACAUUUUCAAUGAAGAAGAAGCCAUCUCUAAGAUUAUACCUGAACUAUUAUAUUAUACAAAUGGAAUGUCAAAUAGUUUUGAACAACAUAGAGCUGCAUUUAUGGAAGGAUUGAAUCAUUAUUAUCAUAGAAAUAGAACAGCAACCAAGUCAGCUAAAAAUAUUAACCCAUCAUUUUUCAACAGUAGUAAUACUACUACGACAACAACCAAUAGUAAUUACAAUACAGAAAGAUUAAUCAAUGCAUUAGGUCAAUAA